UCCCACAUUAACAUCUGGGGAUUUGCCCAUAAACAUGAACUUCAGCAAUAAUCAUGCUUUUCACCAAUUCACCUUCAACUGCAUCUCUUUAAAUGGAGACCACAAUUCAAGACUUGCUUCAUCCUUAUUCUCUCUGUCUAUCUUUCCUCUUUAAUUUCCCGAAUUCGCAUCAAUGUUCAAGAGUUCAACAAUGUCCAAGAAGCUUCAAAAUUUCUUUCAAUAUUGCCUCUCCAAGCUCAAAAACUCUCGUCCCCAGAUCCACCCUUCUCUGUCUUCAUCGUCUUCUUCUCCCAUAAUGCGGAUCCUCUCGGGUUGCCAAAAACCCAAAACCUCUUCGUUUGCCGUCGCCAGAGGAAACGACGACGCAGCAGUUACGCUUUCGGAUGUUGAUCGAUUCCUCUUCGAGAAUUUCAAAUCUCUAUUUCCAGACGACGACGAAAAUACUACGGCGAAUGAUAGCAACAACGUUACCAAUGAUGGAGUUCCUGAAGAAAAUCUCGGAGAUCCGAAAUCAGGAUUCGAUUCGGGUGACCCGACGUCACCGGAUCUUCUCGGUGAUCUCAGUGAGUCUUCGGGUUCUCGAGAGAGCAUCGUCGUAUUGGCGUGGUCGGCGAACCAGUAUGAGGAUUUCCGGCGAUCUAUGACAGAAAUGGUGGACGCGAGAUUGAGAAAUCACGAGAGGGUGGAUUGGGGAUUUAUGGAGGAGCUUUUGCUAUGUUAUUUGAACCUGAACGACAAGAAGUCACACAAGUUUAUUCUGGGUGCUUACGUGGAUUUGGUCCAUGGUUUGCGGGAAAGCUCACCGGAGAAAUCUCCACCGGCGGCGAAGAAGCCAAGGAGCGUCCGAACAUUCAGAACUGUGAAGGAGAUCGGGAGGAAGGAGAGGACAGAAGAAGCGAAAGCUGCAAUCCGAUUCCGUGCAAUAGAGAAACAAGACUGAUUUUCGGACUCUGAACUUUGGUCCCCCACCCCCCUUCCCGUGGCUUGAAAUCCUCAGCAUUGAUAAACAUGCAAUAAGAAUCAACCAGUCAGUCAAAGAACGUGAUGGCGACAAUUCUGCUUAAUCCUCGCAUCCACAUGAA